AUUGCCACAAUAAAAUUUCCUUAUAAACCCCCCAAUCCGUCAGCUUUUGUCUAAUACAUUCACCGUGUCCAACUACGCCAUUUCAAGGAUUUCCCACCCUUUAAAGAUUCCUCCUUUAAUUGCAACUCGCUCUUUAGCAACCUCAACUAUUACCAUGGGUAGAGAAAACAUCUUAAAGUACCAGCUUGAACACGAUCACGAGACUGAUCUUCCCCAAACCCUGUCUAGGAAAGACCUUGACGUGAAAAUAAGAAACUCCCACUUCCCCUUCACCUUAUCUAAAGAUUCCACCAUCCAGGACUAUUUAAGCAAUAAUAAAUUUUUUGUCGAUUCCAUCAACCACAACCACUCGCCAGAAGUAUUUGCUCUCAACGGCAAGGGCCAACAGCCACACACCUUGUGGAUCGGAUGUGCUGAUUCUCGUGCGGGAGAAGGCUGUUUGUCGGUAUUACCAGGAGAAAUCUUCACCCACAGAAAUAUUGGAAACAUUGUCAAUUCCAGUGACAUCAGCAGCCAAGGUGUGAUCCAGUUUGCCAUUGAGGUGUUGAAGGUGCGCAAGAUCAUUGUGUGUGGCCAUACGGAUUGUGGUGGGGUGUGGGCAUCGAUGUCCAAUAAGAAAAUCGGAGGGGUGUUGGAUUUGUGGCUCAAUCCAAUUAGGCACAUUCGGGCCCAGAACAGAACCUUGUUGAAUUCCAUUGAAGAUCCGAAAGAAAAGGCCACCAAGUUGAGCGAAUUGAAUGUGAUUUCUAGUGUGUUGGCUUUGAAAAGACACCCGUCAGCAUCCAUGGCUUUAAAGAACGGUGAGAUUGAAGUAUGGGGGAUGCUCUACAAUGUUAGUACUGGACACCUACAGGAGGUGGAGGUUCCAGCCGACGAAUUUGAAGAUUUGUUUCACGUUCAUGACAAUGAAGAUCUUGUACAUUAACUUUUAUGAUAGAAUAAAUACGCAUGCAGAAGCAGAGUAGCGCGCGGUGCCAUGUGCACCCAUAAGAGCAUGCAAUCCGAUCUCACCUACCAGUGGCCCAUCGGUGCUCCACCGCUACCUACCUGGAAGCGGUACCUAUGACUCCGACCAAUUUAAUCCAUAAGAGUGUCCUUCUUCGUGUGUAAAUUUCUCCACAAGCUGAAUCACCUCUUCUGGGGUAGUAGCCACAUUCAAUAAUUCUCUUUGUUUUUUGGCAAUAAACCCGGCCUCGAUACUCUCAUCAAUGAACUUCAAAAAUGUAUCCCAAAACCCGUUGAUGUUCAACAAAACAAUUGGUUUUUUGUGGAUUCCCAACUGGUACCAGGUGGUCACUUCCAAUAAUUCUUCAAAAGUACCGUAUCCACCAGGCAUGGCCACGAAAGCGUCACUUUCUUCUCCCAUCAUUCUCUUUCUGGUGUGCAUGUCCUUAACCAUCGUGGUCUUUCCGUACACACUUGAAUCGGGUAAUGGUGAGAACCCUUUGUGGUUCUCGUGGUCUUUCUUGAUAGCUUCGUUAACAUCUUCAGUAUUACGCUCUUUGGAGAUCAAUGCUUCGGGGAUGAUUCCAUGGACAUAUCCACCACUGGUAGCACAUCCCUUAGCAAUCAGGCCCAUUACUCCGGUCGAUCCACCUCCAUACACCAAACCCCAGUUUUUCUCUGCCAACAACUUUCCAAACUUAAAGGCAAUUUCGGCAUAGAUGGGGUCCUUACCAAAGGAGGAGCCACAGAAGACACAUAAUUUUUUAUCGAUGGACAUGGUUUGUGUUAUUGGUGGUUGUUUUUGUUGUUUGUAACCAAAACUAUUAAGAUUUUAGGGGAUUACCUGGUGGCUAUAUAUACUUAGUUUUCUCAAUCUCGAUGCAUGCGCGCACCCAAGUGUUCCGUCGGAGACUCCGGCCACCGACCCUUUGACAUCUGGUGGGGACACGCUCAUCGCUUUCAAUUAUUCCUAUGGACCUUCCGAUGGAUCAAGCUUCGGGCAAUUUACAUGGUUUUGUAGAUUAAGUACAUUAAAUACUAACUUUUCAUAAAUUUUGUAUGAUCUCAUUUUAGAUAAGAAUCCUAGAUGAAAUAACUCUUCAUGAGCACACCCUCCAAAUCUUGCAUCUGAGUCUCGUUGAACACCUUACUAUCAACAUGCCAGGUAUCUUGCCUGGUUUUCUUGAACUUUCCAAGUGACUCUUUGGCAGUCUUACCAACAAGUCCAGGAAUACCCGAUGACUUGUUGGCCAAUAUCGUCAAGAGUUCAGGAACCCAUUUGGGAGGCGGAGAUAAGAACGAAAAUGCAUGAAUCAAUGAUCCCAAACCAAGCGUGGCUCCGUGAAGAAUGACAAUAUGCUCAGCUGGAAUAUUCCUGAAUCCUCCUUUUCUAUACUUCUUUCUGAUCUGAUCCAACUGGUGCUUGUAGUUCUCCGUGAACUUGUGAAUCAACCCUUCAAUCUCAUUUGGUGGAGAGAUAUGGAUUAAUCCCGCCAAAGUUGAAGCUGCUGACUCUCUGACUGACACUUGCUUGUGGAAGAGCAACUCGUUGGUCAAGUUAAUGAUAACUGCUCGCUGGUUGCGUUUCAACUUCAACAAGUUCUUGAAGUAAAACGUUUCUGUGAACUCACCCACAACGAUGGAUUGCACCACAUUCAACUUCUCCUUGUGAUAAAGAUUCCCAAGCAUUAACACCACGUUGGCAAGGUUCUUGUCGUUGAAAGGAAGUUGUGACAUCAACUUCAAUGCUCCAAUUGGGUUGAUAUUACCUAGCUGGCAUACCUCCUUCAUGUUGAUCAACUUGAUCAAGAACGGAACCGCAUGGCUAACCACAAAGUCUUGAUACAUGGCAGAAAUACUGGUGCAUAAUGCUUGUUUUAACCAUGUUAGUACCGUCAUAGAUGCGUAGAUAUAGUCUGAUUUCAAGAUUUCUUGUGGGGUCUUAUCAACAACUUCCAAUCUCCAAGCUUCUAUCCUUUCGAACACCACUGGAACAAUCUCUUUGAUCUUAUCUGCUGCAGGACUCACACCUUGUGGUGAAUU